GAGGAUAACACAACUAGCAAAGCGAGAAAUUCACCAGCAUGGACUAUCUAGAGCGAUUUGUACAUUUUAAACCACCGAGGUGUGUUUUCUUAUUCGUUUUAUUGUUCGCCGUACAAGUCUCAUACGUCAACGGCAACUUUACAAUGGAGGAUUGCAAAGCGCUAAACACCAACUCUUUCUGUCAAUGCUCGUUAAUGUCAAGGCUAUCAAAACGUUUUAUACUCGAGUGCGCCGCACCCAAAUCCCGUGGCAAGUUCGAAAUAUACUUCAAACCAGGAAAAUAUGUAAGGAUCGAAUGUAACAACACUAAAGCGAACGAAUAUGAGAGUUUACCAUCUAUGAAAAUUGGUGAUAGUAGAAUCGUACAUUUUAAACAUUGUCCCUUACCGGAAGGCAAACCAAUAGUAGAGCUACUUACAAACUUUGGUAUACCAAACGUCGUUUACCUCACGUACGCCACUGACGAGCAUAGCGUCAAUAUAACAAAGUAUCAUCUAAGUGGUCUGGGGUAUUUGCAAAAUUUGAAGCUAAAUUCGAAACCACUGAAAAACUCGGCAGAUUAUUUAGUUCGUAACCCAAGUAACCUCAUUUGGUUGGAGCUGCGCGCUAAAAAUCGUACUUUGAGCGAAAGAUUUUUAGAACCACUACCAAAUUUAGAAUAUCUGGAUUUGGGCAACAACUUUUUGGAACACCUACCAAAUGGUGUAUUUAAAAAUCAACACAAACUUGAGCAUCUCAAUUUACGUAAAAAUAAUUUGCGUAAACUUAAUAAGGAAGUUUUUCGUGGCGUCAACACUCUAACUGUAUUAGAUCUGAAAUCUAAUGAAAUUGAGAGUUUGGAACAUGAUGUGUUCUCACUACUAGGCAAUAUGACGAGCUUAGACCUAAACAAUAAUCGAAUGCACGAAUUGCCUGUGGGACUAUUUGCGGCAAACGAGCACCUCACAGUAUUCAAGCUCAAGAAUAACAAAGUACCACUGAAAAGUUUGCCAACAGGAUUAUUCGCGAAUUUGCCAAAUUUGGAGGAGGUGCACAUCAGCUGUGGUUUGGAAACCCUACCCAUGGAUCUGUUUAUCAACUCAACUAAAAUUACUAGUCUUAACAUGAACAAGAAUCUGCUGACAAAACUGCCGAGAAACUUGCUCAAUGAUCAGCGGAAGCUCCUCAGUCUUGACCUAUCACACAAUCGACUGCAAUCACUACCAGACACACUCUUCCAAAACACAAAAAAUCUGCGCGUGCUGAAAUUAUCACACAAUCAACUCGUCGAGAUAUCAAGUGAGCUAUUCCGCCCAUUAGUCAAUCUGGAGCAUUUGCAUUUGAACAACAAUAACUUGGUUAACAUCAGCUUCAACGCUUUUCGUGACACAGCCAACUUGAAAUCACUGCACUUAGAAAAUAACCAAAUCGACCUCGCCAACGCCAGUGGCCUUAUUGAUAAUACCAGCUCGCCAUUCCGAUAUUUAUUUAAACUCGAAAAACUUAAUCUCCGCAAUAACAGUAUAAAGUAUCUGCACAAGGACUGGAGGGCACAGCUGCUCGCGCUACGCAAACUCGAUCUCAGCUAUAACAAAAUUCUUGCCUUCGCAGAUCACGACCUGCGUUUCAUCAGUAGAAAUGGGCUUGAAGUUAAUUUCACACAUAAUCUCAUAGAGCAAAUCGACUUCAAAACCAUCAAGAACUUUAUUUUAUUCAACGAUGCUAAAGCAAUUCUCAUCGAUCUGAAUAAUAAUCCAAUCUACUGCGAUUGCGUACUAUUCCGCUUUCUACAAUUUAUGUUCAGCGAUUCUAAGAAGUUGGCUAAAAUUAAAAUCAUUGCAAAUAAUUUAAAGUGUGCGGGUCCGUCAACGCUGAAGGGGAAAGGUGUAAUGGAUCUCAGCUUAACGGAGCUAUUUUGCCCGCUGGAUGAAGAAUUUACGCAAGUGAAACUAUGUCCGAAUAACUGCGAGUGUUUGGUGCGUCCUUUUGAUCUAAUACUUUUCAUGAAUUGUUCGCACAGCAACAUGUCGCAUCUGCCAAAAUUACCACACUUGCCCAUACUAAAAGGCAUCGUGCUAAAUGUCGCGCAUAACAGACUUACGAAGCUACCGCUUAACACUACAACUGGAUAUGCUGAUGUCCUAGCACUGCACGCGCCCGGAAAUCAAUUGCAAAGCAUCGAAGUUGGUAACUUACCGAACAAAUUGCAGUACUUGGAUGUACGACACAACCAGUUGCAGCGACUCAAUGCGAGUCUUGUGGAUUUCCUCAAUAGUAGCACUAGGCUACAGGCAGUUUACCUGGCACACAAUCCGUGGAUAUGUGAUUGUGAGGCCAAGCCAUUGGUGGAAUUUGCAAAAAAUUUAGCAGAACGACCGAAAUUCGCUGAACAAGAUAUGGGCCACAUGCGUUGCAUUGUAAAAUCAUCGGAAAUAAGUCUCAGAUUUAUGAAGAAUGUAUCCGACAACCAAAUGUGUCCAAUUGAAAGCAAUUUUUUGGUCCACUUUGUCGUUAUACUGAUAGUAAUACAAAUCGUGAGCAUAGUUUGUGCACGAAUUUAUGAGCAAUACAAAAGAAGCGUCGUGCGUUCUUCCAAUAAAAAAUACGAUACAUUUGUCUUCUAUACACAGCUUGACGAACCUUUCAUCACUAAGCAGUUGGUAGCAGAACUUGAGCAUGGUCCUAUCAAAUAUAAGUUGUGUCUGCCUAAACGUGAUUGGAUUAUUGGAGAAUCUUUCACAAAGCAAAUCAAACGUUCAGUGGGUGAGUCGCAGCGUACAAUGGUGGUGCUUUCGAAAAAAUUUCUGAAAAUGUGGUCAGACAAAAAAGUCCGCAAGGCGCACAUAUCUGUAUUAUCCUCAAUGUGUAAACAUUUGAUAGUCAUAAUCUACAAUGACAUAGAUCGCAUCGAAAGCUUGGACCAAGACGUACAGAUGUGGCUUGCAAAGAGCACCUAUAUCAAAUGGGGUCAUCCAUUAUUUUGGCCUUAUCUACGUGCUGCAUUACCGGAAGAAACUUAUAUGGAUGUAAUGGAACGAUCAAUGCCUGGAUUGAUGAUGAUGGUUUAUUAAUUUAAAUACUAGAUUCCGGACUGAAAUUAACUGGUAUGACUAACGGCCAUUCAACUGUCAUCAAAGUUAACUGCACUUUGAUGACAGUUCAAUGGUCGUUAAGAAAUUCGAAAUACUUUUAUGUACUUCGAAAGUAAAACAAAAUUUUCGAAUGUAAAAAAAUAAACGCAACGA